AUGCGUCUUCACCACCUUUGGACCCUGCUGUCCGCCGCCACACUAACAGUACCAGCAACAGCAACAGCAGCAACAGGCCAGCACCUGCCUGCUCGCAACUACUCGAGUCACGACUACUAUGCUGUCCACAUCUCGCCCUCUGCGUCGCCCUGCGAGUUGGCCGCCCAGCUCGGCCUGACAUACGAGGGCCCCUUGGCCGCCCUUGCACACUAUCACGUCUUCAAGGCCCCCAAGCACGACACCGAUAUUGUACAAGAGGCCAGGCAAGAACUCAAGAGGCGACGACGGAAGCGUGAAGUGGGCACCGAGUACAACCCCCUCGACAGUGUACGCUUUGCGCAAAAGCAAAAGAUCAAACCUCGACAUUGGAAGCGAAGCGUCAUUCCACCGCGCCCAGAUCGAGCGGGGCCGCCUGUGACGGACGCCAUCAAAGCGCAGCGCGAGGUCGCCAACAGACUGCAAAUUCAAGAUCCCAUUUUCGAAGAGCAGUGGCACAUCUUCAACGUCAAGACUCCGGGCAACGACAUCAACGUGACCGAUGUAUGGAUGCAAGGCAUCACGGGAAAAGGUGUCACGGCCUGUGUGGUCGACGAUGGCUUGGAUUACGACAGCAUGGAUCUCAAGGACAACUUCUUCCCCGAAGGCUCGCACGAUUACAAUGACCACACCGACUUGCCCACACCGAAGCUCUCAGACGACAGGCACGGUACACGCUGCGCAGGCGAAAUCGCGGCGGGGAGAAACAAUUUUUGUGGUGUAGGGCUGGCCUAUGACGCAAAAGUCUCUGGCGUGCGCAUUCUGUCUGGCGAUAUUACGGAUAUCGAUGAGGCGCUUGCCAUUAAUUACGAGAUGCAGAAGAACGACAUCUACUCGUGUUCAUGGGGCCCUCCCGACGAUGGAAGGACCAUGUCGGCGCCUGGCAUUCUGAUCCAGCAGGCCAUGAUCACGGCCGUUCAGCAGGGGCGUGGCGGCAAGGGCUCCAUCUACGUGUUCGCCGCGGGCAAUGGUGCGGCCAGCGACGACAACUGCAACUUCGAUGGUUACACAAACAGCAUUUACAGCAUCACUGUGGGCGCAAUCGACAAGAACAACGACCAUCCGUAUUACUCAGAGGCCUGCUCCGCCCAGCUCGUGGUGACGUAUAGCAGUGGCGGCGGCGACUCCAUUCAUACCACCGAUGUAGGUCUAAACAAGUGUACGAGCUCCCACGGAGGCACAUCUGCUGCUGGGCCCAUCGGUGUGGGCGUUUACGCCCUUGUUCUCCAGGCUCGUCCAGAGCUCACUUGGCGCGAUAUGCAAUGGCUCAGUGUCAUGUCCGCCGUACCCAUUGAUAAACCCAGCGAUUGGACCAAGAACGCCUUGGGCCGCAUGUACAGUCAUCAAUUCGGCUAUGGCAAGCUGGACGCAUGGGCGAUUGUCGAAAUGGCCAAGACCUGGAAACUGGUCAAGCCUCAGGCCUGGUUCUUCUCUCCAUGGAUGCAUGUAAAGAAGGAGAUUCCAGAGGGUGGCCAUGGCCUGGCUAGCAAAUUCGAAGUCACUGCAGAGAUGCUGAAGAAGGCCAACUUUGAACGUGUCGAGCACAUUACGCUCACCAUGAACGUAGAACACCAGCGUCGUGGAGACUUGAGCGUCGAACUCACCUCUCCCUCGGGAAUGAAGUCUCAUCUGGCCAUCGCUCGCCGCGACGACGAAGCACCGCAUGGAUUCCAGGACUGGACGUUCAUGUCUGUCGCGCACUGGGGCGAAUCCGGAAUUGGCGAAUGGACCGUCAUCGUCAAGGACGUCAAGCAAGGCAACCUCAAAAAAGGUGUCUUUACAGACUGGAAGCUCCGGCUCUGGGGCGAAUGCAUCGAUGCCGCCAAAGCCAAACCCCUGCCUAUGCCCGAUGAACACGACGACGAUGAUCACGACAAGAUUGACGAUCACCCUGCACUCACCACUAGCGUCGGCCUACCUUCUGCAGCCCGAGCGCCACGCCCUCGAGCGGGCCGUCGGACAACUUCCUCCCCAGUCCAUUCCCGACAUUUGGCGUCUCCAAACGCACCCAAAUCUGGAUCUACGGUGCCCUCGGCCUUAUUGUCGUCUUUAUUGCUGGCCUUGGUACCUAUCUCUUUGUCGCGCGUCACGAACGCAUGA